AUGCCUCGGAGCGCCAGCCAGGCCGCAGGCGUGGCGUCCUGGGACCGCGUCACCAAGGCUCGAUCUGACAGAUCAGAUUAUGUCGAGGCGCGAGACGCCCAUGGGCAGGCUGUCUCGUUCGCCGAGUUUAUGGACCCCAAGCAGGCUAGAGGCGCAUCGUACGGCCGCCUCCAUGAACGUCGACUUCCGGUGUUGAUUGCCAGUGGAUGCAGUGACCUUCUGUUGCCGACAGAGAACAGCAUCCUCUUGUGGGACAAACUCAGCCACGCAGAUGCGCAACUUCACCUGUAUCCCGAUUCAGGCCGCGGCUUUCUUUUUCAGUACGCCACCGCGUUCUCGGGUCUGAUAAAUGAUUUCCUCGACAUGACUGCGGACCAGACCGGUCGGCUACAAGGCCCUCCCUAG